AUGGACUCGGAUACGGAUAUGCUUAUCAGCGAGAGCAUCGUGCUCUCGACCGAACCGAACGGCCAUCUUGAAACAGUCAACCCGGCAUCGCUGUUCGUAGGCGGUGAACACGGAUCCGGCGAACGGAAAGAUGGCCCGCUGGAUUCCCAUGUGUUCACCACUGCGGCCAUCUCAACUGAUCUCGACGAGGACAUGACCCAGGAUGAUACUUCCAGUACCGAAUCGUUCUCCCCUCGAGCAACGCCUGAGGCUAUGAGUUAUGUGGAGCCCACACGGUCAACAACUGUGCAGGUUGUAAUACCGCAUCCUAAGUUCCGUCCAUUGCCGUACUCUUCGACGCAGUCAGGCUUGGUCUAUGAUACCCGCAUGAGAUUUCACAUGGAGCCGAUCUCCUCAAUGAGUGACAUGGACGACAUCCACCCAGAGGAUCCCCGCCGGAUUUUCGAGAUCUAUGAAGAACUCGUGCAAGCUGGACUUGUUGACGACCCCCGAGAAAGGAGUGCGACGCCGGAGUAUCAGCUGUGGAGAAUACCAGCAAGACACGCAACGCCCGCAGAGAUUUGCCUCGUCCAUGACAGGGAACAUGUGAAAUGGGUGGCGAGCCUGGAAUCAAGGACCGAGGAAGAACUGAAAUAUCUAGCAGACAAGCGUGACUCAGUGUACCUCCAUCAUCUGACUUGGCACUGCGCAACUCUCUCCGCUGGCGGAGCAAUCGAGGCGUGCCGUGCGGUUGUUGCAGGUCACGUCAAGAACUCCAUCGCCGUCAUCCGGCCACCGGGACACCAUGCCGAACACGACAAACCCGGCGGAUUCUGCUUCUUCAACAACGUCUGCGUUGCCGCAAAGGUCUGCCAACUCGACUUUCCCGAGACGUGUAGGAAGAUCCUGAUCCUAGAUUGGGACGUCCAUCACGGUAACGGCGUCCAGCAAGCAUUCUACGACGAUCCCAAUGUUCUGUACAUCUCCAUUCAUGUGCAUAAGAACGGCACGUUCUAUCCCAUGGGCGACUACGGCGACCACCUUCACUGUGGUGAAAGCGCGGGCACGGGGCUUAACAUCAACAUACCGUGGUCGGACCAUGGAAUGGGCGAUGGUGACUACAUGUUCGCUUUCCAGCAAGUCGUCAUGCCAAUCGCUAUGGAGUUCGAUCCUGAUCUGGUGGUUGUCUCCGCCGGAUUUGAUGCCGCUGAGGGAGACAAGCUGGGAGGAUGCCACGUUACACCACCCUGCUACGCUCAUAUGACUCACAUGCUCAUGUCUCUUGCCAGGGGAAAGAUGGCGGUCUGCUUGGAAGGCGGCUACAAUCUGCGCUCUAUAGCCAAGUCAGCACUUGCUGUUACUCGAACUUUGAUGGGUGAACCACCGGAUCGUUUGGAUGCGCCCGAACCGUCUGCACUGGGUUUCGCCAUGGUCAUGACUGUUAUGAGGACACAAGCUCGGUUCUGGAAGUGCAUGUACCCCAAACAGACCCGAAGCUCGACUGAAGAUAUCCAAAACGUACCGAUGGCACGCAUGCACGACAUCAUCCGAGAGUGGCAGAGCAGCGUCAUGUGGGAGAAUUACGGCAUGGUACCGCUGCUCAUACAUCACACCAAUCUCUCCAAGUCAUUCGAGAAUCAGGUGCUCGCAACGCGCAAUUAUGCAGAUGCGAAUCCCCUGCUCGUUAUCUUCCAUGAUCCCCCGGACGUACAGGGCGUUCCAGAUCCACGGACGAACAAGCUCGAACUACACAACACCUAUCUGACUGAUGUUACCAAGACUUACGUGGACUGGGCUGUCAAGCAAGGCUUCGGCGUCAUCGACGUCAACAUUCCGAAGCAUUACACACAAGACGAUGACAACGCUGACUACGCUGAAACGGAAAGCCAAGAGUCCCGGAAAGCCCUGACGCGGGAGGUCGCAACGUUUCUGUGGGAGAACUACAUUGAGCCUGAGAACGCAACGCACAUUUUCUUGAUGGGCAUAGGGACGGCGUAUUUCGGUGUUCUUGACCUCAUCAGCAGCCACGAAAGGACGACGGAAUCCGAUAAGGUUGAUCUCGUGAUCUGCUUUGUGGCGGACAAUCCGCUGAACACAGUCAAGCGGCCAGCUGACGACAACAUAACUAACUGGUAUUAUGAUCACUCCCUUGUCUUCGUCGCAAGCGACCACCUAGCCUGGGAUCCCGCUCGCCAGCGCAAGAUAAAAAAACGCUACGGCAACCUCGUCCGGUCCUCCCGAGGAAGGAUCACAGACCAGCUCAUCGAGCAUCGCGAACAGGUACACGAGGCACUACUUAAAUGCACGGAGGACUGGCGAAACGAGAAGGCGCAGGAGGAGGAACGGAAGAAGCAAGCUCUCCUGAAGACGAACGCUGCGGUCUAUGUGCAGAACAACCUGGCGCUUCGAGCGACUGAAGACCGGGAUAGUCCGGUGCAGAGCCCGAAGAAGCAGCCUGUCAUGGGGUACUUUACGGCUACGCCGCCGUUGAGGGGUCCGGGGAGUCCGAAUGUGAGGAGUCCUGCUCGGUUCUGA